AUGUCGAACAAAACUACUUCCACUACCACACCAUUGUCAGGUUCAGGUAAAGUAUAUUCCGCACAAGCUGAUAAUCCUCAUGUUAAAUCAGUUGUUCAAACUGAAACACAAUCAAUGGUUAGUAUUGAAAAUACCAAGAAAAUAACUAAUUGCAUGCCUCAUCUUGGUUCAACACAUCUUCAAGGUGACGAAUAUUCACAUAAACUUAUUGAAGAAAAUAAUGAAGCUGUUCUUGAACCAAUUAAACUAGUUGUUGGUAAAACACAAUUAGAACAUCAGCAAGAAGUUGUUGUUGCUAAUCUACCUCAUAAAUGUUUUAAUGAUGAUCUUUAUGAAGAUAAUUGUUUGGAAUUGAUGUGCACGGAUGAUUAUAUGGCUGAUGACAUCGAUGUUAUUGCCGAGUCGGAUGAUGAUGAAAAUUAUGAAACAGAUAUUCGCCGAUACGUGUACGUGGCUGCUGUUCCACCUGCUCCAGUUGCUUCACCUGCUGAAGUUGCUCCAGUUGAUUCAUCUGCUGAACUUGCUGCAGUUGAUUCAUCUGCUGAACUUGCUCCACCUGCUGAAGUUGCUCCAGUUGAUUCAUCUGCUGAACUUGCUCCAGUUGAUCCACAUUAUCGACAUUAUUUUGCUUGUGGCAUAAUUGUUGGUUUACUAAGUGCUAUAAUCAUAAUGAAAAUAGUGAAAUGA